ACUGAGCAGAGUAGUGGUCUUGUUAUUAUAUUGCUUCAGUAAAGAAAUGGCAGCGUUCAUUUCGAGCAGGUUACAAUUGGGGUGGCUGACUAUGAAAUUCAGCAGAAUCCCGCAAAUACGGCGCUACAGCAGGCCUUCCCCAAACUCUUUUGGUCUCCUUUUCGACAUUGAUGGAGUCCUGGUGCGUGGAAGAACCCCCAUUCCGGCAGCCAAGCAGUGCUUUAAGAAUCUGGUGGAUAGAAAUGGAAAAUAUAAAGUCCCUGUGGUCUUUGUUACCAAUGCGGGGAACUCAGUCCGGCAGAACAAAGCAGAGCAGCUGUCUCAUCUUCUAGAAGUAGAGGUGUCGCCAGAUCAGGUCAUGUUGUCCCACAGUCCUUUACGGGUCUUCAGUCAGUUCCAUAAGAUGUGUGUCUUGGUGUCUGGACAGGGGCCGGUUGUUGAAGUUGCACAUAAUCUGGGCUUUGAGAAUGUUGUCACCAUUGAUAUGCUGCGAGAGGCGUACCCUCUCCUGGACAUGGUGGAUCACGAUCGCCGACCCAAAGACAUAGUUCGUCCAUCUAAGGACAUCCAACCUAUUGAAGCUGUCAUUCUGAUUGGGGAGCCAAUCAGGUGGGAGACUAGCCUUCAGAUGAUUGUGGAUGUUCUCCUGACCAAUGGAAAGCCAGGAAAUUCUGUGACAUCAAUGCAUUACCCCCAUAUCCCAGUGCUGGCCUGCAACAUGGACCUGCUAUGGAUGGCAGAGGCAAAGAGUCCUCGAUUCGGUCAUGGAAUGUUCCUGGUGUGUUUGGAGAGCAUCUAUAAGAAGAUCACGGGUUACGACCUGCAUUACGAGGCUCUGAUUGGGAAACCCAGUGUGGUGACCUAUAACUACGCAGAGCUGCUGAUCAGACAGCAGGCAGAGAAGCUAGGAUGGACAGAACCUGUCCAAAGACUAUAUGCCAUUGGAGAUAACCCUAUGGCUGACAUCUAUGGAGCAAACCUCUAUAACCGCUACCUGCAGUCAGAGCACAAUAGCAAGUUUCGGGUUCAUGCACAAGGUGGCUCAGCCAGUCAUGUAGCAGGUGAUGUCCACUAUGAAACAGUUGACGAUGCAAAAAAUUCAGGCAAGGUGUUGGUCGGCGGCUCAUACAAGCACCGUCUACCUGAGAGCUGCACCUCUAUCCUAGUGUGCACAGGCGUCUACAACAGAGAGCAGGAGGAGCUCUCUCCUGAGCAAACGGUCACAGAGCAGCGCAUCUUUCACGGGCAUCGGGAUUUCCACUUUGAUCCGACCCUGACCCAGCCUUCUUUUGUAGUUCAGGAUGUACUCGAGGCUGUGGAGCUUGUCUUCCAGCAGGAGGGUUCUAGUCUGCAAUAAACCACAUGCUUCCAAAAUCACAAAUACAUAUAGACAAUUAAAGAACAAAACUGAACACUUUACACAGUGGAAACUCUACACAUGAAGUAAUGUAGCACAACUCCAGGUCUGUAAUACAAAAUACUGUAAUGGUAGCUAAAUAUUUCAAGGAUUUAUAGGAAUUUCUAAUUGUAUGAUUUUUUUUUUAGCAAUAUUGUAUUACAGGCAAAGUUUAGUUAAAACCGUUUUAGUUAUAGUGUGUUGCACUAAACCUGAUAUUUAUGUAAAUCAUUUUUAAAGCAUUUUUAACAUUGUAAAAUUCCCCUUCAAAACAUUUAUUUUAUUCUUGGAUGCAAAAUGUUUUGUUAUUAUUCCCUGGCAUGCAGUUUUUCAUGUUAUUUUAAGAUCUUCAAAAAUGAUUCCUUUUAUUUGGGUGAAAAAUGUUUGAACACUUUUAAAAUGUAAAAGUUGCAUUGCUUUUAAGCAAAAUAAAUGUUUUGUGAAGCAA